AUGGCAAAUUCGUCUCACCGAAGUUCAAGCACACGCUAUCGAUCAGUGUCGCCAUCGAUAGUCCCUCGCCAUUCUACCCACUACCACUCAUACAACCACCUCCCCUAUGCCCAUCUUAACGGUACUCCAGUCGCUGACUCAAUCACUGGCAUUAUCACCCAGCCCAGAAGACACAUUCAGCGACUCUAUCAGCCCCAGGCUGUCGAAUACGACGACCAUAGACACGAUUCAAGCCAAUGGACUCCCCCUAGUUCGCCCUCCGUCAUCUCCUCAUCCUCAUCCUUUCGUUCCUCGUCCGUCGACCCAUUAAUUCUCCCAGAUGAUAGCAUCGCCGAUUACGAGCUGCGAAACACGCUCGAGGUGCCAGGAAGCCUAUUUUUCCGGCUCUCCCAAUUUAGCGUCGUCCAGGUCAAGGGAGUCAUCGGGCUCGCACCAUUCCAUAGCCCGUACUUCCUCCUCACGAGCCCCCUUUGCCAACCGUCGCUCCCCUUCCCCUUCGCCAGCUCACUCCCACAGUCCGGCAUCGCCGAUAGUUAUUUCUGUGUCGUCGAGUGGCACAGUUAUCACGUAUAUCAACGUCCCGCCAGCAAUGCCUAUAGUUCAACAGCACUCACGGACUCCCUCUUAUCGUCGUCGACGCGACGCGACCUCGUUUGA